CAACCGCUUUGUAUGUUCUCUGCUGUGCGCAAGGCGUCCUGCAAAAAUGAGCCGUCCUCACCCCGCUGGGCCACUUGCAACCUAUAACAGUCUGACAGACAAACACCUGGUUGGCUACUUUAGCAACGUAAGAAGAAGGAGACAUCUGCAGAGAUCAGGGCUGAUCACUAGAAGUGGAAGAAUCCUCUCGGAGAAAGAGUACAGACAGAACACCAUGAGGAAGGACCGCCAGAAGUUCACCAGAGAAUACUUGGCACAUGCCAUAUUCAAGAAGAUCCUUGAAAUGGAGCACAACUACGAGAUGGAGCUCAAGAGGCAACUGGAGACCACCGCUCAGAAGGAACGAGUGAAGAGAGUCAAGGUUGGCCGCUCACGGAGAGCAGUUGAGCAUUACAUGCCUGUGCUUUCUCCUCAUCCUCCAGUUGCUCCAAAAGCGAACCAUGGAUCAUGUGUUCUGAAUGAUCAAAUGUAUUCUAGUUCUUUAAAACUGGCUCUCCCUCGGCCAAAUACUGCCCCAGGAAGACCCAGCACUGCCCCAGCAAACACGCAGCCACGGCCAAGUCGUCUGCAGCCUCUCCUCAACCAUCCGGCAGCAGGAGUGACGCUCAAGCCAGCAUCAGUGUCCAAGUUAAAGCCGUCUGUGACGGAGGUGGAGAGGCGAUUUCCUAAUGGGGGUGAAAGGUACAGGAACCCUUCAGAGCACUCCCACGGAGUGGCUCCAUAUCAUCUGCCCAUCAUUAAUGAGUAUUUGGUGCCCGUGCCUCCACCACCGUCCCCAAGAAAUGAAAAGAUGAUCCACAGAAGUCGCAUCCAGGCAUGGAGAAGACGAGUUCGACCAACCACAGCCCCAGACAUCCCGGAGCCUCACAGGGAUUCCAGAAGAUAUCACAAAUCUCCUUGGCACAGUAAUGCCUUCAUCACCAUGAUCUACUGGGGGAAGAGGGUACACCUGAAUCAUGAUGACAUAAAUUACAAAGACGAGAUCAAGAUUUAUCAGCAGCACUGCGGCGGGGAAAACCUUUGCGUCUUCCAAGGCAAACUCCUUGAAAAAGAGACAUUUCGGUUCAUUUCCAAACGACAUUACGGCUUCCCCUUCAGCCUCACGUUUUUCCUGAAUGGGAUGCAGCUGGACAGGCUCAGCUCGUGCUGCGAGUUUAAGCAUCGCCGAGGGUCCAGGCUCGGAGGCAAGAACGGAUACUUUGGGUUUGUCGACAUCGAUGGAGCUUCUCCGUGCUACAAGUGCAUCAUUUCAAUGGGACUUGAUAAAAAGCCGCUACCGCCUCCAAAAAGAGAGAAAGAGAUAAUGGAGGUCAAUGAAGGCCCUGUCAAAGAGGAGGACUUCACCAAACUGAGGAAAAGUUUUAACGAAGAAGUGGAGAAUGUAAGGCCAUUGCCACCAACUUGUUCAGCUCCAGAAGAUGUCAAGAAAGUUGAAGAGUGCGUUGAAGAAGGUGUGGGAAGAGAAGAGGAGACGGGACCAGAUGCUGCUGAAAAUAACCAAGAAGCCUCAUUUAAAGACGCUAGGAAAACUUCCUUCUCAGGCUCAUCCGGAAGUAAUAUGUAUUCUAGUUCCAGUGAAGAUAUGUCUGAAAGGGGGGAUGAGAGAACCUACAGGGAGAAAAGCCAAGAAGAAACUUACCAAGAAAACUCAGAUUUCAGGGAUAUGGAUGAAGAGGACAAAGCUGAGGAAUACCCCCUUUCCCAGGGCGUCAUGGAUAGAAGAGAAAUUGAGUCAAAAAGGAGGGACCCUGAGGGAAUGUGGGAAGACCAAGAGACAGAAUGCCAUUCUUCCUUAAAAGAAAUCACCAAAAAGAGUGCAAGUGAUGGCUGCAGAGAUCAGGCUUCUGGAGCAGGAAAGGAAGAAGAUGAAGAUGUUCUGUUGCUUUUGGCCAAGACCGCCAAAGAGAUGGGUGAUACAAUGGCAAGGCUUUCUAAGGUUGAUGAAGGUGGUGGUGAGUAUAGUCAUUGAAUUGAGCGGAGAUUUUCCUCCUGCACAGAAGUUGAUCGUGGCCAUUACCUUUUGCAAGAGCAUGGGAAAUGCACUUGCAGCAAUACUGAAGACAUGACAUUAUUCUUUCCUGUUUGCCUCUGUGUCACAUAAAUCGUAUUGUGUACUUGGGCUUGUGUUUGUGUUCUUCUAAGUACUUCAGUCCCACUGGACUUGCCCUCCAAGGCUUUGGCACUAACCAACACAGAGCGAUUGCCUUUGUAGAGAAAGAAUGCAAUGGGAUGCAGGUUCAGAGGUGAAAACAACUUAAUGACUUUUCAGGGUCAUAGCAUGAGCCACACAUGCUCCCAGUUCCCAAAGAAUUCCUAUUCUAGUCUCUGACAUUUGGUUCAAAAUAUAAUGAUUCAUGGUGACACAACCCUUUAUCAUUAGAAAGUAUUAGUUUUGGAAAGAGAAGUGUCUGCUUAUAAUAUCAGGAAUAUCUCAUCUGAGGCCCAGGAAAUGUCUGUGAGUUUAAGUAGUUUUUAAGGAGGAUGAGAAACAGCAUGAUCCAGUGAAUAGAAAACAGGACCCCAGUCAGAAAGAAUUUAAAUUACUGCCUCUGAUACAUACUCGCUUGGUGAUCUUGGUCAAGUCACAUGCCUUUCAGUGCUCCAAGCAAUUCUCUGAGACUGUUUUGCAAGAGGGGUGCCGAUCUGUAUUGGUAGGUGGAAUUUACUCACUGGGAAUUCCCUACAUCAAUAAAACCUUAACACACAAGCAGAUGAGGAAGUGUGUGAGGUUCAAUGACUUAUCCUAGGACACAGAACCAAUAUUUGACAGUCAGGACUUGUUCCCACAUCUGAGGACAUUCCAGUGACGGACGCCAAGGCUUCUCUAAGAUUCAGUUCAACAAAUGUGCAUUAAACCCCUCCUAAAUGUAAGGCAUGUCAGGGCACUAGAUUUCCACUGGAUGGUUGAUUGAGUGUCUCAUCUCGGAGACUGACUCUUGGGUGUAGGUUAUGAUUCUUUCUAUCUGGUAAGGGUGAAGAGUGGCCAUGGAGCUCAGGUGUCUACUCUCCAUUAUCUUUAGCUCAGUCAGAUUAGAUUACUUAAGAUCUAGUUAUUCUUCUCCACAUAGGAGGCAAAUUAGGUGUUGGGAUCAUGACUGAGGUGGACGAUAGGUAAACAAGUUGUUUCCUAUCUGCUCUGCUAUAGAGUUGAGCAUCUGCAUGCCCCAGCAAAGGGGAUAGCAUACUCUCUAGUUUUUUGCUUUUGUUUUUUCUUUUUCCAAAAUUUAGUUAAAAGGAACAGGCUAAGUGUAUCAAUAAAAUAAGCAUCUUUUUUCCAAAGUUUUGUAAUAUCUGAGUCAACAAUACCAUAAACUUAAUUUUAGAAAUCUGCUUUAAAAAGGAACUGAGCUUUUCAGUAACUUUGACUUAAUUGCUGAGUUUAAUUGCAUAUUUUGGAUGAUUCGGCAAAUUUAUUAAAUAAGGUAGGCUUUGACUUAAAUAAGGUGGAUGUGUUAAUUGAUAUAGAAACCAUGUCUUCAUGCUUUGAUUUUCACUCUAGAAAACUAAAUUCUUCUGCCUAAUUUUAGAUAUUAUAAUGUAUGUAUAUAUACACAUUCUGUAACUAUAGAUAGUAUAUGAUAUACACAUACAAUUCAAAUGUUGACAAUAUAGGCACGCAUAUACCUAUUUGUAUAACAAAAAAGUAUAGAUGGUAAUAUGAAGAUAAUGGAAAACAUGGCUAGUCAGUUUGUCACUGGCCGUAUCAUCCCAGAGGUAAAUAUUAGGUUCUUCUAGGAUUCAUAAAACUGUAUUAAUUUGUUCUUUUCUUCCUGACAUACAGGGAAAACAUGGGUUCUUGACUAAAUAAUAAAUAUAUUGCUUUCGCUAA